CUAAUAGUUCAUAAACCUCCCAGAGGGUAUAUCUAAUGUUACUCAAUCAUGUCUUCCUCAACCUCAUGCUUCACUGCACAGACCCGCUUGUUGCCAUGACAUUCCCCUUGGCCCCGUUUGCUUCAUGCACCAUGCACCGAGCACUAACACUCAUGGCAACUGCACGGUGCAUUCACUCAGUUCAUGAUGCAGUAUAUCAAGCCUCUCCCGAUCUCAUCAUCCUGUUACUCUACAACUCGUCUCCAGAUCACGUCUACCAGUCCCCCAGAUCACCUCUGCAAGUUGUCUGUAGAUACAGAUCUAGUUACCAUGGACCCGAGACUAGUAACGGACAGAAGAGGGAAAAGAUUCCUCCCUAAGAAGCGAUUUCGCAAGAUUUUGCGGAACAACAUAGACGGAAUCACCCGCCCCUCGCUCCGUCGUCUUGCCCGUCGCGGUGGCGUCAUUCGCAUUAGCGCUGAUGUCUAUCCUGAAGUCCGCAAGACUGUCAAGAACCGCCUAACUGAGAUAAUCCGGCAAAUUCUUCUGGUCAUGGAAUCCUCCACCACUCCUGGCCACGAACGCAAGGUUGUCCGUACCACAGAUGUCGUUUUUGCAUUGAACAGAAUGGGUCAUACUCUCUACGGAUUUGGUUAGAACCGCUCUUCAUGUACAAAGACCAACACGGAAAGCCCAUGUUCGUGAGAGCAUGUGCCCAACGCUUGUCAACAAUCCUUCACCAGAGAAACUUCCUGCUUUAUCAGGCGCAUGCUGUAUUAGCAGGCUUGAUUGAGGAUGGUGACGGUGCCUUUACAGCUACAU